UCCAACAUAUACAUUUUCAAAAUCCAUUGCACCACAGUUACUACAAUGGCUCGUUGUUGCACCGACUCGUGGCUUGCACCAGUCUACAUCACCGUGUCUGUACUCUUGGCCUUCAUAGCCAUCUCAACAUCACUGCACUCGAAAUCCGAACAACCAUCGUCCCCAACCAAACUCAAUUUCCAUGAACUCUCCCUCAACGCCUCCAAAGCCUUAAGAAGAGCUGGCUUCAACGUCAUGGCCACCCUUCUUCAAGUCUCCCCCGAUAUCUUCCUUUCAUCUCCAAACUCGACUAUCUUUGCCAUUCAAGAUGAUGCCAUCUCCAACUCUUCACUCCCACCAUGGCUUCUGAAAAACCUCCUCCAAUAUCACACCUCUCCACUCAACCUUCCCAUGAAAUACCUCUUAAAGAAGCCUCUAGGGAGUUGCUUGCCGACCCUUCACCGGGAAAAGAAUAUCGCCAUCACUAAGAUCGACUUGAAAGAAGGAUCAGUUGAUAUCAACAACGUUUCAGUGACUCACCCGGAUGUAUUUCUUGCAGAAACCAUUUCGGUCCACGGCGUUCUUGAGCCGUUUUCUUCGUUGGAUCCUCAAGAUGUUCAUCAGGGUUGGAACCUUAUCCAAGCACCCACAUGCAACUCAAUGUCUGUUCUAGUUUCGGAUGUUGUUAAAUCCACGAACAUGGUUGAGUGGUCGUGGAUUGUCAGAUUGCUGAGUUCAAACGGCUUUGUUCCUUUCGCUAUCGGAUUAAAUUCUGUUCUUGAUGAGAUUCUUGAAGAUUACAAGGGAUUGAAUUCUGUGACAAUCUUUGCACCUCCAAAUUUGCAGUCUUUGACAUCUCCUUCGCCCCUACUCAAAAGAACAGUGUGGUUUCAUAUACUUCCUCAGAGGUUAACGUACAAAGAACUUACUGCAUUGCCUGCUGGAACGUUGCUCAUGACAUUGGUUCGUGAUCUCUCUCUCGAAGUUGCAGGGGCCGCAGAUUUCAAAAGCGGACUAAUAAUUAAUGGAAUCGAAAUCGUGGCGCCUGAUAUUUUCACUUCAAAGAAGUUCACGGUACAUGGGAUUUCUCGAGCCUUUGAGGUUGCAGAUGAAGUAGCUGCAUCUGGAACAUAGCUUCCAAGUGCGUAGUUGCUGUGCAGAAAUAGAUGAUACUUACUGAAAUC